GGAUCCGGUAUUUACAUUUGUUGCCCCACCCACUUUUGCCUUUGGCACCACCCACCACUGGCAUGAGGGCCCCAGAAGGCUGUGUGCAAAGGAAAGCAGCACUUGGGCUGACAAAGGUUUCCUCACCCCUGAUCUAAAACUAAAUAAAUGAUUUUUUACCCCUUUAGAUUAGGUCAGUCGCUUUCCACUAAAAAAAAGCUCCGAAGUGAUUUACAACCGUCGUAGUCGAAGUGGUGGUAGUAGUUGUAGUAAUAACACAGGAACAGUAUUAAAAACAGAUUAAACAGUGCCAUUAUUAUUUAGGACCAUUAUUUAUGUAUUCAGUUUAUAUCCCACCUUGACAUUUUUUUUAACAAACUGGAGAGAAGAUAAUUGAGUCAGGCUAGCACCCAGCUAAUGAACACCACCAUGCCUGCAAGGCCAGAUGGGGAAAAAUAGGUCUGGAGGGCCUUCCAACAAGCUUGCAGUGGGGAGAUUUGGCACAAAUCUAGCGGGAGGGAGUCCCACAUCCGUGGGGCCACCAUAGAGAAGGACCUUGUGGCCAUCCACCUUAUAGGGGGUGAGGGACACCAGGAAAUAGCUUCCGAAGCAGAGAUCUUAAGGCGCGGGCAGAACUGUAUUCGUUUAGGCACUGCCAUAAACACCCGCCACAAAGCCGCCUGCAGUCUUUGUAAAUGCUGAAAGGGUUAAGCAACAGAGAGUUCUUCGUGCCUAGAAAGGCCGAAGGGGGAGUGGGGAGGGGAACCAAUUGAGAAGGUGGGACUUGUGACAAGUGGAGCCCCUUCCUGUCUCAUUGGAUUAGCAAAUUAGUGUUGGCUUUCUCCUUCCACAGAGCAAAAGGGGGGAGGGAGGAAUGGAGUUUUAAUUCUUAGAAGGGCUCACAAUGCAAGGGCUGCAAGAAGCAGAGCUAGAGCGAGAAAUAAAAAUGGAAGAAGAGGACCCCGCAGAGCUGGUAUCUGGAAAGUGUUUGGAGUCAGGAGGCGGAGAGUCUCAUUUCCUCACAGCUGGGACCAUUGGGGAGUUUGUGACUCAGCCGCCUCUGCAGCAUAUUAAGCAAGAACUGGGAAGGGAGCCUCUACAGAGCUGGGAUGCUCAGUGGAAAGAGUAUUUGAGGGCAAUGGGGGCUCCGCUGAUGCCCCAGUUGGGGGAGGACAGGAGGGAGUUCCAGACCCCUCUUGCUCCAGUAGCUGACGACACCCACAGGUCUGGAGGAGAGGAAGUGACCCAAACCUUGCUAUGCCUCAGUCAAGCCCAAGAAGCCUCAGGAAGCCUCUAUUCUCCUGUGAAAGUGAAGGAAGAGAUUGUGGACAAGGGUGGUGUCGUUCAGUUCUGCUACCAGGACGCUCAGGAACAUCACAAGAUACCAGGGCCUUUGAAUGAUGUCGCUGUUAUUCCCUCCAAGUCAAAGCAGGUCCCACCGGACGUAGUGAAGAUGGAACCCCCCGUGGAGGUCAAGCAGGAAGGUGACGAGGAGGCCAGCUUGCUCGUGGGGAAGAACAAGGAGAUGGAAGAACCCGACGAAUUAGACAUCAGAAGAAGAUGGUUGGGUGCAGCAACAGAGAGAGGUUUCCAGAUUGUUGAUGUGGAAGAGACCCCUGGAAGUCAGCAGGGGCCAGAAGGAAAGCUUACAGGGAAGACAGCCAAAGAAGCCUCUCUUUGUGAACAGGGUGACAAAGGGCUAUCUCAAAGUAUCUUCCAACCUGGAAGUCACAGCAGGCGUAAGAGAAAGAUGACAGCAGCUGAGGGCAGCAGAAGUUUCUGUCACAACCUUGACUCCCCUAAAAGUACAGAAAUAGAAAUGGAGGACAAGGCCUACAAAUGUACUUACUGCAGGAAAAGUUUCCCCGAGAAUUCACUGUUAAUCAUACACCACAGAGCCCACGCUGGAGAGAAGCCCUUUGAAUGCCCCAAUUGUGUGGAAAGCUUUGUGGAGAGAGGAGACCUUACGAGGCAAGCCCACACGGAUGACAAGCCAUACAAAUGCUCACACUGUGGGAAAAGCUUCAACAGCAACUCUCACCUCCGAGCACAUACGAGAAUCCACACAGGGGAGAAACCCUUUGAAUGUGGGCACUGUGGGAAGAAUUUCAGUACUAGCUCUCAUCUUAAGAGACACAACCAGGUGCACACAGGGGAGAGCCCAUUCACAUGCUCAGAGUGUGGGAAAAGCUUCACUCAGAAGCCGUCCCUUAUUAAACACAAGAGAACCCACACUGGAGAGAAACCUUAUGAAUGCCCUGAGUGUGGCAAAAGCUACCGGGAUAGCUCUUGCCUUUUGAGACAUGUAAGGGCCCACACGGGUGAGAAACCAUACAAAUGUCCACAGUGUGAGAACAGGUUCAUUCAGAGGUCAGAUCUCAUCAGGCACAAGGGGACGCACACUGGGGAGAAACCAUACGAAUGCUCGGCGUGUGGGAAAGCCUUCAGUCAGAAAGGGUCCCUCAUGAAACAUGAGGGCAUGCAUACAGGGAGGAAUCUGUACGAAUGCUUAGACUGUGGGAAGAACUUCAGCCGGAAGCAAUCCCUUAUUAGACACAAGAGCACCCACAUGGGUGACAGACCAUAUGAAUGCACCGUUUGUGGCAAAGGCUUCAGCACUGGUGCUUACUUGGCAAUACAUGAAAGAGUGCAUACUGGGGAGAAACCAUAUAAGUGCUCGGAGUGUGGGAAAAGCUUCUGUCGAAAGCCGUCCCUUGUUACGCACAAGAGAAGCCAUAUGAAUGCUCAGUGUGAGGCUCUGGCCACACCAUAUUUUUAAAGCAAUGUUGUACCACUAAAA